UUUUAAAUGUUUCACAUAAUUGGUUAACCACGUUUACUGGGUAAAUUUUUUUCUCUUGUGGUGGCUGUGCCGGGUCAGGUCGUCGAAAAGAUACUAGAAAAUUUCUAAAAAACUGCUGAACGGAAUUUCCUAUUGUAAUUUCAAACUGAUGCAUAUAGUCAUCAUCAGCCACAUGUAUGGUAUUCAUGUAUUUGAAAUUAAUCACAAUCGGGUCAGUAGGACAUAAAUUUUAUACAUUAUCGAGGAAUCGGACGAAUGUCAUCCACAAAAACGUGUCAUGAAUAACAUUAAUGUUAACGUCACCAUUCCGUUUCCCACAACCAGAGAAGCUGAUGUAGCUUAUCAAGUAUUAAGAGUGGAUAACGAACCAAAAAGGAGUGGUGUCACUAAACAACUGACUGUCGAAGGGAAUCUUCUUACUGUUAUAUUUUAUGGCCAAGAAGCACGCAAGGUACGAGUGGGACUUACAUCUUUUUUUGAAAGUUUAAUUCUUGUAACUGAAACAAUGAAAGAAUUAGGACCACCUGAAUCUGAAUACAGUUAUUAUUGAUUGAA